AUGGGCAAGCGACCUCGUGCGGACAAGCGGAAACAGAAAGUGAAAUCAGCCGGCCAUGCUGAAGACUCUUCGUCUCACCGCGGAAGAAAUUCCAGGGGGCGGCCAGCAGAGAAGAAGCGCAAAGUUGAAGAACCAGAGCCGUUGCAGAAACCAGAGAGAACGGUCGAGGCAGAUAAGGAUGAAGUUUGCCCUAAACGAGGAUGCAACUUUAUUGAGAUCUCAGAAAAGCGACUGCAGUCCCGCCUUCUGUACCCCAACCCUGUCUCGUUCCUGUGCUCCCUGGUCCCUCAGUCCCUCAAGGAUGCGAACAUUGACGAUGAAGGGGAGGAGGAGGAGGAGGAGGAGGCUCAGAUGGAACCUGCAGAUGGAGAGGCCAAGGAGGAGGGAGCAGCAGCAGCAGCAGCAGCAGCAGCAGCAGCAGCAGCAGCAGCAGCAGCAGCAGGGGACGGGAAGGAUGCAGGUUCAAAGCUGCCAGACAAGAAUGUCAUGGUCCUCUCUUGGCUGACCCCAAUCAACAACGAGGGAGAUUUUGUCUUCGCAAUCCACAAGAGGAGAUUUUCUUCCUCCUGCAUCAAGACUCGCCGACUUUUUUCCCUCAGCAUCCCAGCACGCAACAUGGAGGACGUCGUGCUUGCCGUGGGUAAGGUGACGGGCAAGCGACAGGACAAGUUUGCAGGAUCCAUCCCAAAGCUGCUGCCGGUCGAGCUCGGCUCCGACAAGAGCUCGAGGAGCAAGGGGAAGGAGGAAGCUGGCGGGAAGGAGAACCCGUUCCAUGCCCUUGAGGAGGAAGAGGAGAAGGCAGGAGACGGCGGUGAGCUGACUGAUGGAGAUAUUCUCGUGCCCUGA